AUGUCUCAUUCCGUUAGAUUUUAUGUUAGAGAGAGUAAAGUAAUCGAAAUUGUCCUUAAGGGUACAUUGUUCAUAAUUCAGGAUUCAGUGUUUAAAAUUCAGGAUUCAGGGCUUAGGGUUCAGGGUUUGGGGUGGUGCGGUGGUGGUGGCGGUAGUGGUGGCGGUGAUGGUGGUGGCGGCAAUGGCAGUGAUGGUGAUAGUGGCGGUGGCGGUGGUAGUGGUGGUGGUGGUGGAGGAGGCGGUGGUGUUGGUUGUUCUAGUGGUAGUGGUGGUGGCGGUGGUGGGGAUGGUGAUGGCAGUGGUGGUGGUGGCAGCGAUUGUGGUGGGUGGUUGUUCGUUUGGUGGUGGCGGUGGUAG